AAAAAUGAUGACUGAGUAUUUUCACACAGCUAGUUGCAUGAAGGGCAGGAAAGAGGAGGACAUAUCAAUCUUUAUGUCUGAGAAUCCCUGCUACUUCAGAGGCAGAACAAAGACUAGGUGGCCGCGAUGUCUGACGUACCUUAUGAGAAUAAUUGGGACACCACUGUCCUCUGGACCAAAGAUUCUCCACCGUACUUCGUCUCACCGAUGUCCAGGUUCAAACGCUGGUUAUUUCCUGGUCUGACUGCUGUGAUCCUGCUGAUUCUGAUCAUAGUGCUUGGAGUUACCAACACGAAGACAUCAAAACAUCUGUGGUCUGUGGAUCAGAGAGUUUCCAACAUGAGUGACACCAUCCAGUCAUUUAACACCUCACUGCAUCAAGCUCAAGAAACAGCUAAACAAGUUCAGCAGCUGCAGUUUACUGUUGAGAACAACAAGGACCAGCUUACCUCAGUGUCGGAGGCCAUGAAGCAGCUGGCACUCGUUGACACACUCGCCAAGAAUAUUGCAGCCAUCAAAUGUUCCCUUGAACACAUCAUCAACAACAGUUCAACUGCAGGUGGUUGUUGUCCUCUGAGUUGGACUGUGUUUGAGUCCAACUGUUACUUCUUCAGCAGUGAUUCUCAGUCCUGGACUGAGUCCAGAGACUGGUGUGAAAAACAACAAGCUCACCUGGUCAUUCUGCGUAACGACAAGGAGUGGGACUUUGUGACCCGUAAUGCAAUCCCUCAAUUCUACUGGGUCGGUUUGUCUGACUCCAGAACUGGGAGGUGGGAGUGGGUGAACCAGACACCACAAAGGAUUGAGCGCAGGCGAUGGAGACCUGGGCAGCCUGACAGCUGGACUGGGCACGGUCUUGGAGGGGAUGAAGACUGUGCUCACCUUCACAGUGAUGGACGCCUGAAUGACCAGCACUGCUCCACCAGGAUGCGCUUCAUCUGUCAGAAACACAGCCUGAAUAUUUGAACACAUUCGUUGUCCUGGCUCCGCCCAUAAACUGCUCUCCAUCUGUUGUUUAUUAAAACAGAAAAUUUCUCUUUAAACUAUAGGACAGAAAAAAGUUAUCAUAUUAAGUAGAAUUCCUCUAAUGUGGACUUCCUGUUCCAUAGUGGGGCGCUGUUGAGCUUGACCAGAAUGAAUGGGACUCCAUGAUUUUACAGGUUGUGUUGUUGUGGUAGUAAAAUACCUUUCUGUGAAUAUUAGGGACAUCACACCACCAGCUCCAGUUUAUUCCAGAUCACUAAGCCUAACCCUGUUUAGGUUUGUCACAAUCUCUUAUUAACUAAAAUAUACUGGAUUGGAUAUUUACUAUAGAAAAUAGAAGAGCAUUAUGUUAGCUCUUUAAAAUGAACCUUUAUAUUCAAGCGCUGAGCAAAAGUAUCAGAAGGCUUCACCCACCACCAUUCAAACUGAACAGGCUUACUGUGUGCAUGUUUUAGAUAGUAUACAAGAGUCACUGUGAUGUCACACAUGGAUAAUAGACUCACCAUGUUGGGUUUUUGGUGCCAGAAACAAUAUGCAGAAUGGGUGGAGUGUUAAGUUAUCAGUUGGGUGCAUCACACAGGCACAUAUGCCUGUUAAUUACUGCCGAGGAAGAUUAAGAUAAAAUCCUAGAAUUUCACUGACCAAAAUUGGAGCUCUGACUUCUUGGAUGAUUUGUUAACUGGAGCCUUGUGUUUGUUAAGAUAAUUUCAUCAAAUGCUCCACAACACAACACAAACAUAAUCCAGAGCUGGAGUUCAGAGUGCCUAGCAGACAGUAACUGUUUAUGAAAGGGCCCACCUUGAGAUAAUUUAAACAGGUGAAUUACAAAAUUUUCCAUUCUACAGUAGUUACAAAAGGUCAAACAUCUUUACAAACAAGGAUACAAUUUCAACCUAAAUAAAAAGUAUCCUGCCAUCCAUCCAUUCUCAUCCAUUCUUCUCAGGGUUGCAGGGUGGGGGGUUGGAGCGUAUCCAAGCUACCACAGGGCGAGAGGAAGGGUACACCCUGGACAUGUCACCAGUCUGUCAUAGGCCCAACACAUACAGACAGACAACCAGAAUCACCAAAUUAACCUAACCCCACAAAUUGAAUGUCUUUGUACUGUGGGAGGGAGCUGGAGUCCACGGAGGGAGGAUCAGCAAUUGAACAUGAAAGUUAUUUGUAGUUGUGGUUGCUCAUUUUCCUUUUGUUUUUCUUUGUUUAUUUGUCUCUUUUUAAUUCUAUGUUGUUGUACUUUUUCAGCAUGUUCAAAAUAAAGAUUCAAUCAAAUCAAUCAAAUCAAAUCAAAUCAUACCCUGUGGAACUCCACAACCUGUGAGAGAACACUCUGUGAUGUCCCAUUGUUUUCAGUAGGAGAAAAACAACAUCAAGAUGAACACAAUCAACUUUCUGGGACUUCCUUGCGAGGAUGAUUGAUAAUUGCAUCAAGAAAUUCUGUGGGUGUUUUUCUUUUUUAGGAUUUCUUGAGUUUUGGCUUCUAAUUUCCUUUGUUAGAUUUCUGAUGUUCUUAGGUUCGCUCAGUGCUUCCCUGUCUUUGUUUUGUCUGUUGCCUUUGACCUCUUCUCUCGGUUAUUUUGUUUAGGGCUGUCUUCAUGUCUCAUUAUUAUCAAAGUUAGUCUCUGAUGGGUUUUUUUUUCUAGAUUUACUUUGCUUUGUGUUUCUUUCCAGUUAUAUGCCCUGCCCUCAUUGUCUCAACCUUUGAUUGCUCUUACCUGUGCCCUGCUCCCUCCAGCAUCCAAUUGCACACUUAAACUUCAGCUUACUUUAAAAAAAAAAAAAGUCUGUCCUUCGUUUUUGUAAAAUUAUUUGUCAAUAUUUUUUUCAGCUUGCAUCCUUUCUAUGUUGGAUGACCCGAGUCACCUGACAACUUUUGCAGUGUUUUUAGUUUACAUUUUCACUUGUAAUAAAGUUGCUUUUGCAUCUCUCCCUCAA